AUGCAUGAAGCAGACGCGCAGAAGACGGCUUUCUCCACGCCUUACGGGCACUAUCAGUUUAAUCGCAUGCCGUUCGGGCUGAAAAACGCCACUGCGACGUUUCAACGCCUCAUGGAUCAGGUGUUAUCGGGCCUACAAGGCACGGAGUUAUUUGUAUACCUCGACGAUAUAGUUUUAUAUGCCAGCUCAUUGCGUGAGCAUAUUAUUAAGUUUAGCAAGUUAGCCGACAGACUCAGGAAAGCAAAUCUGAAACUCCAACCAGACAAGUGCGAGUUUCUGAAAAAGGAAGUCGUAUACUUAGGUCAUGUAAUAAGCGCGGACGGAGUAAAACCUGACCCACAAAAGGUCCAGGCCGUAGAGAAAUUCCCCCGCCCUACAAGCGCUAAAAACAUCAAACAAUUCUUAGGGCUCGCGGGAUAUUAUCGCCGGUUCAUACCGGAUUUUUCAAAGGCCGCAAAGCCGUUGACAACCCUAUUAAAGAAAGAUAAAGCAUUUGUUUGGUCAGGAGCGCAGGAGGAGGCCUUCACGCAAUUACGUCAAGCAUUAUGUUCGAAACCGAUACUACAGUAUCCGGAUUUCACGCAACCUUUUGUUGUGACAACCGACGCUUCGGGUUACGCUAUUGGCGGCGUACUGAGUCAAGGCACUAUAGGGAAAGAUUUACCGAUCGCUUACACAUCACGUCUAUUGAACACCGCCGAAAGUAAUUAUUCUACAAUAGAAAAAGAACUUUUGGCUAUCGUUUAUUGUGUCAAUUACUUCAGACCAUAUCUCUACGGGCGAAAGUUUACCCUUGUCACCGACAAUAAACCUCUCGUUUGGUUACAUUCAGUAAAGGAUCCCACAUCACGACUCGUUCGAUGGCGUUUAAAAUUAGACGAGUAUGAUUACGAAGUUGUAUACAAAGCUGGAAAAGCAAAUGCAAACGCAGACGCUCUAUCUAGAAACCCUGUUUCCCACGGAAUCUUCCCCUUAUCCCGAGAUAAACGAAACACAACACCGCUUCGUCGGUCCGAACGCAUUAAAAACCGACAGCCGGCUGCAAUAAAACCGUCACAAAACUUAAACACUGACCUGACGCACCCACUUGAGCCAAAUGCGACCGAGAAAUCGCGCCCUCAAAAAGUCGUAAAAUUUGAUCUUCCCUCAGACAUAGAAUCACUAUCCGACAGCGAAAGUGACUCCGAAUCAGACGAACCCCUCUCAGACCCUGCAAACGAACUGCCACUUCCAAACGAAGCUCAAAUAAUUGACGUACGCGACAAUCUACAGACUCGUAACGAUAAUAUCGUGAUUUUUACAACGCUAAAUGGCGAACCGUGCGAUAUCGGAGCGCGCAUCCUACGGGAAUCAAAUCAAUUACCGCGGAUAGAAGGAACUAUGAGAUUAAAAGAAGUGAUAGGCUCACUUCGUGAUGUAGUCAACGAGCUCCAGCUCAAGACAGUAUCACUGGCUAGAGGUCCAGUUAUCGACAUCACCCGGAAUACAGUUCGCACCCUCCUGGCGCGAGAAUUUAGAGACUCUCCGGUCAAAAUCAUAAUUUGUUCUAACGAGAUAAAGAUUCUUUCGGAACAAGACCGCGCGGACAUCAUCAAAGAAAAUCAUUGCUCCGCGAUAGGUGGCCAUAAAGGAGUCACUAAAACUCUAAAUAGAAUUAAAUACAAAUACCAUUGGUGUAAAAUAAAAGAGGAUGUACAAAACUUUAUUCGCAACUGUCGCGAUUGUCAAUUAAAGAAAUUAGUACGUUUAAAAACCAGACAACCAAUGACUCUAACAGACACUCCCAACAGCGCGUUCGAGAAAAUAUCUAUGGAUAUUAUGGGUCCUCUACCCAUGACCGAAGAUGGGUACAGUUAUAUCCUCACCAUUCAAGACCUUUUGUCCAUAUAUUCCCUCGCUAUUCCAUUAAGGCGUACUACCGCCUCAGAUAUAGCCGAAGCGUUUGUAAAUGAAUUUAUUUGUACGUUUGGCGCUCCUAAAGCGGUUCUCACUGAUCAAGGUAGAAACUUUGUAAGCAGCUACAUGAAAAAUGUGGCACGAAAAUUGAAAAUCAAACAAUGCAGAACCACUGUAUAUAGGCCGCAAUCGAACGGCUCUGUGGAGAGAUCCCACCAUGUUUUGUGUGAAUAUUUGAAACAAUUUGUCGAAAAGGAUAAUUGGAAUGAGUAUCUCAGGCUAGCCUGUUUUUCUUAUAAUACCAGCGUGCACGAGGGUACCUGGUACACGCCACACGAGCUCGUUUUCGGAAAAGUCGCCGAAACUCCGUCAAGCGACCCUCCACUAGACAUGGAAAAAAAUGAAACUUAUUCCCAAUACCUAAGCGAUCUAUUCAAUAAAAUUCGCGACGUUCAGAAUAUAGCACGCAAAAAUUUAAUUAACUCUAAAUUAAAAUCCAAACACUACUACGACCGAAAAAUGCGACCGCAAAACUUUAAUAUAGGUGACUUCGUGUACAUGCUGAGGGAACCCUUGAAAAAUAAGCUAUCUAGCCAAUAUACGGGACCUUAUAAAAUAAUUGAAGUAUUAGAAAACAAAAACGUUAAGUUAGAAAUAAAAGGAGAUAAAACGCGUACGGUUCACACCGAUAAACUUAAGUUAGCCGUAGGAAACAUCCCCACUCCUCCUUAG